CUCUUGUGUAAAAUGGCGGUAGAAUGUUUUGGUGUCAAGGGUAGUGCUUGCUGAUUUCCUUAUGGAGCGGAUUUCAUAUCCUUCUCCUAUUUUUAUUGACAAGUGUGUACGAUAUGUCCUCCAUCGCUCUUUGGGUGAAGCCUGAUGCCUUUGAUUUCGGUGCAAUUCACGCCCCUUUGCCGCCUAAACUCACUUUGCAGGUAACAACACGCAUUUUCUGCAUAAGCAGCUCUGAUUUCCGCUAACUAAUCAAAAGCUUUUAGUUAAAAAAUCUAAAGAUAUAGUUCUUAAUCAUUAUACAGCUAUAUUUAUUUUGCUUGGCAAUGUUUUUAAUUUAUUUCAUUCAUUUUAUAUUUAGAAUUUUAGCAUCAAUAAUUAAGUCUCAUACAACGUACUGUAGCUAUUUAGGCACAUGAUUUCACAUGUACAGGCCGGAGCCCCACACAAUCUAUUUGUGUAACCGAUUGAUGUAUUGGAUUUACCAUUUGCUUUAUUUAUUUAUUUAUAGUGAUGUAUCGCUAAAUAUGUACAUGGAUAAUGUAAAUUAAAUUUAAACGUAGUAUUAUUUUUAACCUGCGGUAUAUUGUCGUAUCUUUGCCUCAAAAGGGGUAUUAAUUAGAGCGAUUUGGAAAGUUUUUGAGUUCACCGUUUACUGUUCCUCUUUAAUAGAAGGACAAGGGUGGAAUCAAUUUUUUGAAAGGCUCCAGCGACAGAGCAAUUGUCCCCCAGAAAAUCGCAUUGCUCUGCUUUCAAACUUUGCAGCAGAAAGGCCAAAAGAUUCGCGCUUCUUCCCAUACCUCGCGAUUGAAAAUCCAUUCAAAUGGCCUGGAACAAGCCUGCGAAGAAAUUAAAAUCCCACAGUUUUUGAUCGGUCAAAAUGUGUAGCCAGAAUUAUACUUGCCAGCCAGAUAUCGUCCUACUGGUUGCCUCUUUUUGAUUGGAUGUCGUUAAACAAUAACUGUUUAAAAAUACACACUUAGUCUGCUUUAAUCGGUUAUUGUUCAACCAUUGUUUAAUAAUGACAUCCAAUCAAAAAGAGGCAAUUAGCAGGAUGAUUUCUGGCUGGCAUGUAUAAAUGCUGCUACGCAUUUUGAAUGUUCGAAAACUGUGGGAUUGUAAUUUUCUUUGAGAGCUAGCCCCAGGCUGUUUGGAUGGAUUUUUGAUUGGGAGGUUGAGAAGAAGUGAAAAUCACUCAACCUUUCUGAUGAGAAGUUCGAAAGCGGCACAGUGUGAUUUUCUGGGGGGAAAAUGCUCCGGCACUGAAGCCAUUCAAAAAAAAUUUAUUCCGCCUAUAUCUUUCUAUGAAGGGGAACAGUAAAUGGCAAACUCAAAAUCAUUCCAGAUACCCCCUUUUGAGGCAAAAAGGCAACAAUAUACAGCAGGUAAGGUAAUACAAGGUUUUUACAUAUUCAGUGAUAUACAGUGUAUUGCUAUAGAUGAAGCAAAUCUGAAAUGGUAAAUCCAAUACAUUUAUUUACCAUAAAAGAACAAUCAACCCACUCCAACCCAACCAUGCACCAUGAUCAUCUACUCAAAAUUACACUUCUUGAAUUCCUUGGUAAAAUUAAGUGGUUAACAUUAUCCUAUUUUAGAACUUGUACAAGUUGUCUACUUAUGCCAGGAACAAGGGAAGGGCAGGUUAUCCAAAAUUAAGGUAAAGUUAUUUUUCCGGUAUAUGUUUAUACUACUUUUUAUUAUUUAAACAAAUUUUACAGGCUAAGUUUGCCCUAAGAGAAAUAAAACUCGUUGAGUGGGCUCACUUCACUGUAUUGGCCGACAGUUAUAAGCCCAUUGAAUUAGGUAGGUUAAAGUCCCAUUUACAAAGCAUUCAUUUUGGGUCCUGCAUUCCUAAAUUUCGGCACACAGGCCAAAAGAAACAGGGCAUGGCCCGUGUCAUUUACACAACGAAGAUGUGUUUGAUUUGUUUCAAUGUUGAUUACAGGCUGCCCCCCACCCCCUUUUCCCGUUUAAACCAGUUUGGACCCCUACAAUAAAUAGACUCCAUGGGCAAUUAUUAGGUCAAAAUUUACGGUAUUCAUUUUUCUUUCAAAGGUUACUGAAUGGUUUUUUGCCAGUUAACGUUGAAUAUAGGAAAGAAAACAAACACUGUUAUUUAUAUCUUGCUUGCAGUUACUCUGUGUGGAAGAAUGUGGCAUGCAACAAAUUACAGAUUUCUGAAGACCUGGCAUGGCUGUAAGUAUGAUGACUGCAUUAUCAUGUUGACUAAGAAUGGUUUAUUAAAAUGUUAAUUAAUAUUAUUCUUAUUUUGUUUUGAAGAUAUUUUGAAACUUUUGAUAUGCUGAGUGGCUCAAGUUUCAAGGAGCAUUCAAACUGGAAUGAGAGUUUUUCUCGCUGUAAGAGUCAGGAGGAGAUAGGCAAGUAGGCUAAAUAACCUUUUUUUUUUUCAACGUGCAAGUUACUGAGGCUUUGAUAAACAAGAUAUUUUCAAUUCUAAAACUGUGUGCAAUGUUUACUUUAAACUUUCAAGUUAGAGGAAGUUUUAAUAUUAUCCACAGAGGAACUUCCUUAUCCACAGAACAACUGACGUCAAUGUGUUGAUAAUUUUACUCAAAGAUUAUGAUGCCUAGUGGUCUUUUCAUGGAAUUGUGCAUUGUUGUUGAGAAUGUCAUGGCCAAAAAGUCAAAUUAGAUUCAUCUUUAAUGCAGAAGAGAUAAAGGAACAAGAAAAAUGUAAUAAUAUCAUGUACCUUGGAUGAGGAAAUUCCAUGGAAAAUCUUAACAAUACCCACCCGUACUUCCAUCAAAAUAAUUUCUUAUCCCUGGGGCCUUCAUGAAAGCUUAUAUGUAUUUCCAACUUUCAGGAGCUGUAAGUUGGCAUGAGCAACAAAGCUGGCAUAGUACUCAGCUUGUAAUCAAUGUUUGUGGCAGUUUUGGCUCUUUUUGGCCAGACAGCAAACUGAAAAUGGCUCAGCUAGCUUUAAAUAGAAUUUCUCUGCAAAAUUUACAGCGGCAGGCCAUGGGUUAAACAACUACCAUAUUUUUGUUUCUUUGUUAUAACAUGUCAAGUAAACUUACCAGCUGGCUGGUAUUAUUUCUUUCCGCAGAUCAUCUUAGAUCUCAAGGUUCUGUUAGCACAUUGCAGUUCAUAUUGUUUUUAUACAUUCAACAAAUUCACAAGAUUUCAUUCAAGGCAUCUCUGGUGCUAGGAGGAGAAGAGUAUCCUGAUUAUAAUAAUUAUUAUUUAUUUAAAUGAUAUUAGACUUGAAAGAAAAGUUAUGCUGAUUAAACCCUGUAAGUGUAGAGGAAACAACUUCCAGAAUGUAGAAUAAAUUAUAUUAAUUUUAUAAUAAUGUUGGUGUCACUCUUAGUCACUAAUUUUAACACUGUUCUUUAAUGUAUACUUAGUUGAUUGCACUGACUAAUGAUCUUGUCAACCACGAAAUUAAUUUUUGUGGGAGGAAAUCUUUUGCAUUUGUUUGUUUGUUCGUUUUUUCUUUGUUUAUUUUUGGAAAAACCUUUGUCAGAUCAUGAAAAAGAUUUUAGAACUCACAAAGAAAUAGAUAGACAUGAUACACCAUACAAAUGACUGACAUCAAGGAGUGUGCAUCUUUUGGUCACAGAUAGCAAAUUUUCUUCUUUAGUAUUAAUUUCUAAAACAUCGGUAUGCCAUGCAUGCAUGUUAAAAUGACUUAUAGUAUUAUAGUUACUCGAAUGCUUCCUUAACAAAUUAACAGAUGGCCAACACGCUCACGUUCUCCAGACCUGGAAAACAAAGGCUCUGUUGCUGUUAAGGUUUGCUGAUAGCUUUAUUUUUAGUACGUCAGACAUUUCUCCACAAUAAAAUAACUCAAUUUAACAGCACAUAUGAAUAGCACCUGUCAACCAGAAUGUAACUCAAUACAAUGCAAUGACACUAGCUUCAUGUAUCCUCAGAACAGCCGGAGUUUUUGAGGUGGCAAGGAAGCCAGGAUGGCAUUUUGUUCAAGCAGAGUGCAAAGAAAGUUUUGACAGUUUUACAGCUUGCCAUGUGGACAAGCUGUAGCUAGCAUGUACUAUUCCAAAAUUAUUUUAGCUAGCACCAAAAAAUUUUGAUGAGCAGGAUUGCUUCAGUUUUUUGGUUAUUUUAAUUCCCCAAAAAGUUCACUUUCUCAUUGGGCAAGUUAAGAACACAAUUCACUUGCAUGAUAGGAAAUCCACUAGCCCUAGGUUAUCAGACACUAUAGUUUCUUUGCACACUUAUAAGCCAUGGAAAAUCCUUAGCCUUUGUUGACAACUCUGUCCAGAUCAGCAGCAUCUCUACAUAUUGUAUUAUAAAAUAAUUUUUUUGACAGUUUUUGUUUUUGCAUAUCAACAGAGUCUUGAUGAACAUGACCACAUGAUGUUUGUGUUACAUCAUCUGAACGAUAUCUUAGAACUGUUAAUGGAACCUGGUAAUUGUAUUCCUCUGUGAGCUUAGUAUGCCUAUUUCCUGCAAGACAAAAACAGGGCUAAAAAGCUGCUUGUAUUGCUUCCUUAUCUUAGCUGAUGACUUUGCAACAAAAUAACUUGCUUUUACCCUUGCCCAUUAGACUAGUAAGCUUAAUCCCUUUAGGUCCCAAGAGUGACCAACAUCAAUUUUCUCCUAAGAACAUCAGCAGAUCAUCCAGAGUAAAGGUUAUGAGAAUUACUAAAUUGAUUACCAAAGGGAGAACACUUUGAUCUUAAACCAAAUUCUCUCAACUGUUCUUAAAAGAAAUAUAUGGAAGUCAGUCUGGAGAAUUUGUAUGUGGAUCUUGGGGCUUAAGGGCUAAAACAGGUUUUACUCAGCAAGAAAAUCUGUCCCAGACAUCCAAACAGGCCCUGAUUGUUAAAAUGUUGGAUAAUGCUUCUGUAUUCAACAGAUAAAAAUCUAUCCAGUGGAUAAUGCGAUUGGUUGGUAGAUAGUGAUGUAUGCUGUAGAUAGCACUAUCUUAUGUUUGUUGUCAGGACCAGUACUUUUUUCUAUCCCUGAAAAAUAUGUCAGGUUAAUUUUUUGAGAAGUAUUAUACAUGCAAUCUCCAUGUACACAAUACAUGUUAAAUCAUCUUCUAAAUUGUUUUGUGGUUGUUUGUGUGCUCAGAAUCCAGUGCAAACAAUGGUUGUGGCAAUGAAGCAUACCUUACUGUUGAAGCUCUUGAUGCUCUGGGGUUCCUUAUAACAGGAGUAACUGAUGGCAGGUUGGUUAUGGCUAGUAAUGAUACUCUGUGCUGCCUGCCCAUUAGACAAGACUUUUCUCAGGGAGGUGCACACACCAGAUGAUCAAAAUAUCUGAGGCACCAGUAACUAAGGGAGUUACCGAGGGGUCUGUGAACACCCCCUACCUUUAACGAUUUUGAAAAAAAUGUGCAUGUCACAGAUAGAAUAAUUUUCCCUGCAACAAUGUAGUCCUUUGAAUACAGUCAAUGCAUUUCCUUCAUUUAGGCAUGAUAUUUUUUUAAUGGGUUGGUCUUUUGGACUGGUUUUGCUGUAUAUCCAAAGGGCUUUUCUGUAAAAAUUUCGUGCACAACAAUUCUGCACAAAAAACUGAACAGUGGAACAUGGCUCCUACUUCUUAUCCACCAACAAUCUUCAACAGUUCUUCUAAUUCACUUUUUUGUAUGCUGAAUUUAUCAGCAGAUGACUUCAUUUGUGUUUUCAUAUCAUAAGGGUUUGGGUGAGGUGCAAAGAUUUUUUGUGACCAGAAAAUUCAACAUGUAAACGGCAUUUUUCUCUGUCACUAUCUGUACGAUGUACCUGGUAGGGUACACCUGUUCUUGAUGACACAAAGAACAGCUGUACAGAUAACUAGUAUGAACCCAACAGAGAUGGCACUCAGCAACACAUAGAAGUGCUUGCCCCUCCCAUCUCUAUGAUGUUUGCACCUUUGAUUAUAUGUUAUGCCUCCUAUAACAGAAGGAUUACAAAGAAAAAGCCACUGUUUUGCAGUCAUCAAGCACUUUGAGUGGGCUGUUUCUCCCAGUUAACCAUUUAUGUUUGCUUUACAGUCAAACAGAAAGAACCAAACUUGAUGAAAGUCAAGGUCUUUAUCCAGGUCUAAAUAGUUUUCAAGAACUUAUUUUCGGGGUAGGGGGAGGGGUAAGGUGAUAAAGACAACAAUAAAAGUAUUGUAGGAGCGCAUGAUGGCAGGCUAAAAUAGCAGGAAAUAAUUAGAGGCAAGCUCUUGACCUUCUUUAAACCAGGUAAUCAAUUAACAUGUAUACUUGUAAGCCUUAAUUUGCUUGUACUCUUUUGUAGAACUAUUCAACCACUGCCUGUUUUAGCUCGCCUUCAGCCAGAAAGACCGAGGAGUGGUUAUUCCAAGGUAUUUAAACUUUAGCCGUGCUGUUUUACCCCAACACUUUUAUUAGAUUAAGUUGUGUGGUGAAUUUAAUUCUUAGAGUAGGUGACUUUGAAUUAAUUACAAAAAACUUACCGCCUUUCUUACGUGGUUUAUUUUCUUCUAAUUUCUCUGGAUAGAAAAACAGUUAUGGUGAGACAAAAAUGAGAAAAUCAGCUUGUCUGAAGGGAAGGUGUAACUCCAGUGGUAUUGCUUUACUAUAAAAACUUAUUGGAAUCAAAGAAAACCCUAAAUAAAGUUCAAGCUGUGUUACUUAGAGGAAUUAUUCAACUACUAUACCUCAACUAUAAGUGUUUGUGUUUGGCUUUCUGUGGCCGGGAUUAAAACGGAUUGCAACGUGAAAAAAUGGGCCAACGUUUUAAAGUUUAACCUUAUAGUGUGGAAAAAAGACCAAAAACAGUUCCAUGCUUUGUUUUCCCUUUGAUAGAAUCAUUUUGAUAUUAAUUUUUGCCUUUAGAGUUCCAAGUUUGACAAUGUUGAUAGGGAAUCUUAAGUUAUAAUUCAGCCCAGUUUGGCUUAAAAAAAACGUAGAAAACAAAAACACACUAUCCGAAACCUUGUUUGAUUUAAAUGGCACAAAAAAACCCGGUUCGGGGCUUGUUAAACGUGCGCGGUUAAAUCUUUUCAUGUACGUGUACCUAAAAUGCAUCACUCCACAGAUUUCCAGAACCUUCUCAUUUCGACAUCUUCAGUCCUGGUUGAGAUCCAAUUUGCAAGUGAAUCCUUUCGGAGUGUCAUCCAUACUUGCUCGAGGAUUUAAACCGCAGGAAACACCUAUAAAAAGUAAGUAAUUGCUUGUUUUGAGGCUGUAAAACACAGGGUAGAGAGUAUUUAUGUGUUGAACAGUGUUAGAUUUCUUCUUCAAAUGAAAACAGUUUUACCUCGCCUCACGGACAGUGUUGUACGUUGUCCUGAUGAAUUUUAUAUUAACUGCAGCAAGAUUUGUAAACUCAGUCAGUAGGGCGCUUUACUGGAGAGCGAAAAGUCGAGGGUUCGAUUUCCCGCGGCCGGAUCAAUACGGUCUUGAAAUAACUGAGAAAUAAAGUAGUUCCUUUGUCCUGCAAACGACUAGACUUUCACGUGGCUUCCAUAAUCAAUUAAAAUGGCGGUUCCGUCAAAAAAAUAGUGUCCUCAGUUAGUUCUUUAAUUUCGUACUAAAUGCAUUGACACAAAUAAAGUCGCGGCAUUUUUUUUUUAUUUUCUCCUUAGUUACCCUAUUUUGUAAGCAAUCAAUACGAACACCAGGCUCUGUUGAUUGUUUGAGUGGAACUUUUCCAGUAGCAUGUUUUGCAGUAGUCAAGUUAUCUGUUGCUGUAACCUGACCUUUCUUUUCCUGCUUUGGUAGAUUUUUUAAGCCUUAGUGACACAUUUGAUGAACACAGUCUCUUACGACAGCAGGAAGCGGAUACAAGUAUUUCUGCCAGCAAAGAACACUCUACAAACAGAAGUCGAAUUAUGAGCAAUGUCAGUUAUGCUCCACCAGAGUAUGUAAUACUUACUGAGAUUCAUAGUGGGGCAUAUUACGAGAUCAUUUGUUUAACUUAGGCAAUCUCAAUUCAACAAAGACACGACAAGUGUUUUGGCAAUUUACAUGUUUACAUAGAACUUACUGGGGUUCAUAGUGGGGCAUUUUACGAGAUUUGUUUAACUUAGGCAAUCUCAUUUCAACAAAGACACGACAAGUGUUUUGGCGAUUUACAUGUUUAUGAUUGAGUUCCUACUUCCUUCCAAUUGAUCAUGUUACGGAGUUUGAACACGUUUAUUUCUCCCUUUUCCAGGCAGUUAAUAAAAACUUGCGUGUCAAACUAUUGAUGAAGCGUGCUGCACGAGGGUACAAUAUACGUGUUGGUCUUUAAUCUAAUUUAUAUGUGUAUAAUAAAGUGAUAGACUAGCGCUUUGAUCAAUUAUCACUCUGCAACUCGAUCUUUUUCAUCGAUCUGACGUCCUUCAUUCUUUUGAGUACACAUUUUCACAGAUUGGAAUUGUCUAGUCUACGAUACCCGUCAGUAGCUGUUUGCUUUGUUCAUAUUGCUAAACAAUUUUAUUAUUAAUUUUGGCAGGCAAAGAGUCAUAAUUCUCUCACAAGUCUGCAAGCAAACUGUAGCAAAGGUACAUUACAUAAGUCACCCUUUGUUUUACCUUUUUUGUGUGUGUUUGUUAAAAUCAAUACUAUUUGAAGCAGCAGAUUUAGAUCAGAUUUUAGUUGAAUGGAAAAAAGCCGAUUAAAAAAAAGGCCAUUCCCAUGUUUUAGAACCCUUACUUCCAAAUUGAGGUCAAGUGCGAAACCCUUCACGUUUUUUACAUAAAAACAUAUUUCCAGGUUAAAGGCUUUGCACUUGGCCUCGUUUUAAAAAGGAGACUUCAGGCAAUUGGGAAGUAGGCUAUUACAAUCAAAACAGGUGCGGGGAGGUGCGGGUGAUCCAAUGGUAGCCGUUACUAAGCGCGGGAAAACUUGUGCCGACAGCAAGUCAUGAUUUGAUUAAGAAGCGGGCCAGUCCCUAACCAAUCAAAAAACCGGCCGAGAAAUUUCCUGGGAAGUGACUUUCCUCAUUGUGAGAGGCACAUACCUAUAUCUAAUUAGCUGUUUUGUCGUUUCCGGAUGUUUUCUACUUUUUUUUCACUUUUUUUAGGCGAGUGACUCAUACUCUGGAAGUAUGGUGAAAAUACACAGAUGUCACUACUCGUACAUUUAUAUCCUAUGUCCUCUGAGGUUUGUGUGAUGUAUGGUUUAUUGUUUUGGCUAAGUAUAAAAAAAAAACAACACUUGCGGAAAGGGCAGUGUAAAACAAACGUUUUGAGCCUACCACCUUACACCUUAUUCAAAGUUUUGCACUAAUUAGUUAUGAUUUGCCUGAAAGCCUAAAGCUGUAGCUAUAAAUAGGGAGCUUAAGCAAUGAGGACGACAACGGCAAUGAAAACGUCGCCAAAAAAAACUCAACUUGCGUUCUUUCAAACUUUAUCGCCUCUAUUUGGACCCGCCCAAUUUGUCAACUGUAGGCGAUUUUUAGUUUUUAGGACUUUAUUCCGUAGUUCAAAAUGGGAAAGGAAAAUUCGUCGUCGUAUGUUCACUUCCUGUAUAAAGUUUCGCAUUAGAUGGUUUCACAUCGUAGUCGUGCAGUGGACGUCAAAGAAAUGUACUAAAAAGCGUGAUGCACGUGCGGAGCUAUUUUUCUCAUAAAACCAAUUGCUGUUCGACGCUGUCUUUGUUGUCGUCGUGGUGGUUGCUUAAGCUCCCUAUUCCUAAUCAUCACUUAAUCUUAGUCUUCAGAAGCAAGAGCUAUGAUACGCAAAAACGUUUUAUUUUGUCACUGACAACUCUAUAUUUCAUGUGUAUAUUUCUGUAUCUCAUGGUCUGAUUUCUCGCUAAAGCCUUCUUCAAGAAAGUGUAGUUUUCCAAAACUUAUGACUGACUCUCGAUGAUUUUCGAUGUAAUUGCUUUUCUCCCCUGUUUUAGGGCUGUGACAGUAGAAAACUGUCACAACUCUACAAUUGUUCUUGGAGUAACUAAAACGGCUGUCAACAUCAUUGGUUGCGAUAGUUGUACGUUUUUUGCAGUCUGCGAUAGAAUUUCUUUCAGGUUUGUUUUUACUUAUCUGUCUACACUCAAUGUUUGUGGUACAUUAGUGUUAAGAAAUCAGUUCUAAGGCAGUCUUCCUCUAGUCAAGGGAAACCCCAAGACACAAGGGUGGCGCAGUAAUGAGAGUACUCGCCGCCCUCCAGUUUGGCCCGGGUUGAGUUUGUUGUUGGUUCUCUCCUUUGCUACGAGAGAUUUUUCUUCGGGUACUCCAGUUUUCCCCUCGCCUAAAACACUAACACUUUCAAAUUCCAAUUCGAUCUGGAACACGUGGACUCAUUUAAACGAGUUCUCAAGAACUUCUAAGUGUUUCGUGGCUGAACGAAUUAAAUUAUGCACCGCAAUUAUCCUAGAAGGUGAGCUUGCCAAUUGCUAAAUUAGACCUGCAAGCCGAUAAAAGGUAUUUAGUAUAGUAUUUAAGACCAUAGCCUUUCGGGCGUGACGUGUGACUUUCGUUCUUUCGUUUGUCUGUUUCUUAAAUCAAUGUUGAUCAUUUUUUAUCGUGAAAGGAAGAAUUUCACAGUCAUGUAUACCUUUAUUCUUUUUCAGCGGUUGUAACAACUGUACUUUCAAUCUCUGCACGCCAACCAGACCUGUAAUUCUUCCAGGCAACGAAGGAUUAUUGCUCGCACCAUAUCACACUCACUACCCUGCUUUAGAGGAACAUUUACACGGCCCUUGGGGAGUACCUAUAGAACCCAACCUUUGGAAUGAUCCACUUAUGUUAGGUGAGACUUGGGAGUGGAACAUGUAAAUCCCCAGGGGCAGCUCAGAGUGGGAACAGGAUGUUCGCGAAGGAAAGGGUCACAGGAAAAGUUUAUAAAGAGAGGAAGAGCUUGUAGGCACCUUCUCUUGCUGGGCCAGUUCGAAAAUCGUUUUCUUCUCUCACUUUUCUUGUAAAUAAGGAGUUUUAAACUUUUAAAAUUUCAACCCCGAGGACGACGGGAACAGGACCUUGUAAACAAUAAUAGGUCUAAAUAGCGAAACAACACUUUUACACGUGACGGGGUACAUUUCAGGCGCCACCGCUAUACCACGCAGCCGCUGUGUCACCUGAAAUAUAUCCCGUCUCAAUUGACUUCCAUUGGGUAUCCCAGGAUGUCGCUGGACCUGGGCUUUGUUUGUUCUGUGGCAUACCUGGAUAAUAGUAAAGUAAUGACUUAGUGCAUGGAAGGAUUAAACCUCUCUUUGAACUUUUGUUUCAGCGUCUGAUCGUACUGUUGGUUCGUCAGCUGUUUAUCGCGAGUUACCACCAGGAGAUUUCUUCACGUUUACCAUUCCUUUCUCCAUGAAAGGAUCUACAGAUGUAAGUUCUGCCCAUUAAACUCAAAACAGACACACGUUUCAGGGGUAUUGGUCUCGGUAUGAGUGCAUCGCCUCAGAUUGUUGAACAUUCCUUUUUAUUGUUAUUGUUUUCAGGGACCACCCAUUCCACUUCCCAAAAAAUACGAGAAGGCGUUAAAAGAAAGAGAGAAGUAAGUCUUCAAAUGUAGUGAUUUUUUAAUCUACAUUUUUAAACUCUCUCUUUAAUUUGCUAGGGCAAACUCAGAGCAAGAAAUCGUCUUUUAAGUUACCUUGCCCGUCGAGUGAUGUGAGUUUCCUUGCUUUCCCUUGCUCGUGCUGCUGAUUAGUUGUUUUCGCUCUCGUAGCGCCGUUUUACCUGACGAGAUACUUAUUACACAAUGCACCUUAGGUACCUUGUCAUGCCAAAGGUAUAUGUAAUUAUAAGACUUUCUACUUUGUAGAGCUAUCAACAACUGGUAUCAGCUGGUAAAAACAUCGUCACUGAGUAAAUCACAAAGAAAACAGCUGCAGAAAGACGUCCAAGACAGAUUUCAGGUAUUUGUAUUGAGCAGCACUAACUUUCGUUUCGUCGGUAGUUAGAAAACUCCAGGGUUGAUUUGUUCCAUUUUUUUUUUUCUCUUUUCUUGGUUUUUUUAACUAGACUACGACAGUGAAUGUCUCUUAUUUUGUCGGUAGGAAUGGCUGGCAGAAAGUGGUCAUGCAACUCAAUUGAACGGUCUUGUCCCGCCUCAUUCCAGCAAAUCCUAGGAUUGCAGUAGUGGAACGAGAACUAGAAGAUGUAAAGUGUAACGCGGUGAAUGAAUGCGGCUGUAACAUGCCGAAGAAGAGCAGUGGGAGAUAUGAAACACUGACACGUUCCAGCUACAUUGCAAGAUCAAAACGGCUCACAGAGGUCGUAAUAACGUACGUGGGCUGCACAGGAUCUUACCAAGUAGUUUGGAAGGAAAUCCUUCUCAGUCAUACAUAUUCUAAGAUUCGAGUACUGUUGUCAGGGCAAUACAAGAACGAAGACGGUGUGAAAAGAUGCAAAGGAAUGAUAUUACGCAUUUAUUCCUGAGCAAAGAUUUAGUAGUUAUCUUCAGGUUGUCAUUAACUUGAGCCUGAAAAUAAUAUUAUUUGACAAUUGACAGAACAAUGUCCGCUCAUUGAAGACGAUUAAAAUCGUCUGAGCAUCUGAAUGACUUCGCCUGUUUCUGUAUUUAACUGUGCAGGUAAUUGACCUUGGCAAUGCAGGAUUCUCAACGUUGAAGAGGUGUAGUUAUUACUGAAGUUAAAACUAACAGAGAUUGCAACAGAUUAUAAAGUUUCGUAAGCGAAUGCAAGAAAAAUUAUGUUUAUUAAAUGUGAAAUUGAUGAGUUAAUGGUGGCUCCGUUAUUAAUACAGGUGCAUUGAGCUAUGGCGAACUCACUUUGUAAUAUCUUUAUCGGCUUCAUCGCGAUGGCUACGAAGCUUUGACAUAAGCUACAGCUAUCAUUCAGCAGUAAUGGGAAAUGUCUGAUGUUAUUG